AUGUCUAUCAAAGUUAAGCAAGUGAGUUCAAAGCUAGUACGACGAGUGUACAAUGGUGGUGAUGAAACAAAUCCUGGUUCUGAUCGAUUUGUUCCUCUUACUAUCUUUGACAAGAUAGUAGAAGAUGAUCAUGGGGCGAUCCUUUACGUGUAUAAACCACCAAACCCACCAAAUAUGCUAUUAGAAGAAGGUCUCCGGAAGGUUUUGGUUGAGUACCGAGAAUUUUCCUGCAGGUUUUCUACGAAGGAUGAAGGUAAAGAACGUGUGAUACUACUAAAUGACAAAGGUAUAAGAUUCAUUGAAGCAACCGCUGAUUGUACUCUUGACGAGGUUAUUCCAUUCACGCCAGCUACCUUAUCGAGUUUCAAUCCAAGUGAAAGAGGAGAUGAACUGGCCCUAGUUCAGCUCACUAGAUUCCCUUGUGGUUCAUUAGUUUUGCUCUUUUCGAGCAACCAUAUGGUGGCUGAUGGAGCUGCUGCAAGUCAAUUCGUUGUUGCUUGGAGUCAAGCUUGUCGAGGUUUAGAGAUUCAUCCACUCCCAUUACACGACCGGAAUAUAUUUGUUCCCCGGGAUCCGCCUAGAGUCGCUUAG